AUGGCCUCCGACUUUGAUCUCUCGGCUUCGUUCAUCCCGUCGCUGUAUAAACCUGCCGCGCUACUACCCAUAGCUCGCCACCGGCAAUCUCUUCUGUACCUCAUAGAAACAUAUCCUGUGACUGUUGUCGUGGGCCAAACAGGUAGUGGAAAGACUACCCAGUUGCCCCAAUUUCUCGACCAGGCAGGAUGGUGUUCAGACGGGAAGAUCAUUGCUGUCACUCAGCCUCGGCGAGUGGCGGCGACCACAGUAGCAACUAGGGUGGCAGAGGAAAUGCGAUGUAAGGUGGGCGAAGAUGUAGGCUAUUCGAUACGUUUUGAAGAUGUAACUUCUUCCUCAACGCGGAUCAAGUUCCUGACCGACGGUUUACUAUUACGAGAAGCGUUGGUCGACCCUUUAUUGUCCCGGUAUUCUGUUAUCAUGGUCGACGAGGCCCAUGAACGCUCUAUAAGCACCGAUGUCUUGCUCGGUGUGCUUAAGAAAAUUAGAAAACCGCGACCUGAAUUACGCAUCGUGAUUAGCAGUGCUACGUUACAGGCAGAAGAAUUUCUGCGCUUCUUUGCUGGGGAUGAAUUCAACCCUGAAAGUGAAGAUGAGCUGGGUGGCUCUAUUGGCAGAGUUAUCACAUUAGAAGGGAGGAUGUAUCCUGUGGACUGCCUAUUUCUUGAAACACCAGUCGAAGAUUAUGUGGAGAGAGCAAUCAAAACUGUAUUUGAUAUCCACACCAGGGAACCGGACGGGGACAUCUUGGUGUUCCUUACGGGAAGGGAGGAAAUCGAUACUGUAAUUCAGCAAAUCUCUGAACGCGCAAAUUCGUUACAUGCCAAAGCCCCCGGUCUGCUUCCAUUACCCCUUUAUGCUGGACUCACUACCGAACAGCAGCUCUACGUCUUUGAACCUGCCCCUGAAAAGACUCGAAAAGUCAUUGUAUCCACCAAUAUCGCAGAAGCUUCCGUCACAAUUGACGGAAUUGUAUAUGUUAUUGAUUGCGGAUUUGCAAAGCUUCGUGCAUACAAUCCAAAUACGGGAAUAGAGACCUUGACGCCAACGCCUAUCUCCAAAGCAUCUGCGACCCAGCGAGCGGGACGUGCUGGACGGACCAAACCAGGAAAAUGCUUCCGUCUUUACACUGAGCAGUCUUACCAAUCACUUCCGGAUGUCACGGUUCCGGAAAUCCAGCGGUCCAAUCUUGCACCUGUUAUUCUGCAGCUCAAGGCUCUGGGUAUUGACAAUAUCGUUCGCUUUGGCUUUCUUACGCCCCCUCCAUCUGAGCUCGUUGUUCGCGGCUUUGAAUUGCUCUAUUCCCUCGGGGCAGUUGAUGACUAUGCAAAACUUACGCGGUCACUUGGGAUUCAAAUGGCUGAGCUUGCGGUGGAGCCUAUGAUGGCCAAGGUUCUGCUUGGUGCGCCAUCCUUUGGCUGUCUGAGUGAAAUUCUGUCAAUUGCUGCGAUGACGAGUCUGCAAGGAGCGGUCUGGUUUGAGAAAAGUGACGAAAAGAAGGCAGUCGAGAGCACUCGUCGAAAGUUUGCCGUGGAUGAAGGAGACCACUUAACCUACUUAAAUGUUUACCAAGCGUUUGUCACCAAGGGAAAAAAGGACUCAAAGUGGUGUCGGGAUAACUAUCUAAACUACAGGUCCAUGCUAAAGGCUGUUAGCAUUCGUGCGCAACUCAAGCGAUAUCUUGAGCGCUUUGGCAUUCAGGUUGAUGAAAGUCUCUCUUCAUCCAGCCCCGCGCCACCAGAGCAAAUCCAGCGCUGCCUUACAACCGGAUAUUUUGCACACGCGGCGAAGAUGCAGCCAGAUGGUAGCUUCAAGCCCAUCAGUGGUGACAUCACGCUACAUGCCCACCCUAGUUCGUUGAUGUUUAACCGCAAAGCUGACUGGGUUAUCUUCCAUGAAAUCCUGGAAACAGGGCAAAAGACGUUCAUUCGAGAUAUUACCAAAAUCGAGAAGUCUUGGCUGCUCGAGUAUGCACCGGAAUACUAUCAAGUUAAAAAGUGA